UGCUGAAAAUAAAAUAGCAACAUUAUAAUUGUACUGAUGCCCUGGUUUAGGGUCUAGGCUGUGAGGUAUCUAUCUGUUGCUUUUGCCUGAAGAGAACAUGGCGCUGUGAAGUUUGAGAGGUUAAUCAUUUUUAUUGUCGCUUGGCAGACUAUGCAGCAAUGUGUUAACUGAUUGAUACAGAUUACCAUACACCUACCGAUCCUGAGAAAUUAUUCACAUAUUCACCAAGUUUUGGGAACCCAGAUAACAACCAGCUACAGAAUGAGUGAUCCAUCAGUAAAGAGGAUAGUGAGCGACAUCAUCCGGUCCCCAGAAGACAAGCGUUUGUAUCGCGGACUGGAGUUUGCUAAUGGCAUCCAGGCUAUUCUCAUCAGUGACCCCACCACAGACAAGUCUUCAGCCGCACUUGAUGUACAUAUAGGUUCAUUAUCUGACCCUCACAACAUUUCUGGUAUAGCCCAUUUCUGUGAGCACAUGCUGUUCUUGGGAACAGAGAAGUACCCCAAGGAGAAUGAGUACAGCCAAUUCCUCAGUGAGCAUGCUGGGAGCUCCAAUGCUUUCACCAGCGGAGAGCACACAAACUACUACUUUGAUGUGUCUCAUGAACACUUGGCAGGUGCACUGGACAGGUUCGCUCAGUUUUUUUUGUGCCCCCUCUUUGACGAGAGCUGCAAAGACAGAGAAGUGAAUGCGGUGGACUCGGAGCACGAGAAGAACCUGAUGAACGAUGCCUGGAGAUUGUUUCAGCUGGAGAAGGCUACAGGCAACCCCAAUCAUCCCUUCAGCAAAUUUGGAACAGGAAACAAGCUGACCUUGGAAACUCGGCCAUCGAAAGAGGGUAUAGACAUCCGUCAGGAGCUUCUGAAGUUCCACUCAAACUCCUAUUCCUCAAAUCUCAUGGCUUUGUGUGUGCUCGGGAGAGAGUCCCUGGAUGACUUGACCAGCAUGGUUGUGAAGCUGUUUUCAGAGGUAGAGAACAAAAAUGUCCCGGUUCCUGAGUUUCCAGAGCACCCUUUCCAAGAGGAGCACCUCAGACAAUUUUAUAAAGUGGUGCCUAUUAAGGAUAUCCGAAACCUGUAUGUCACAUUCCCCAUCCCGGACCUUCAGAAGCAUUACAAAUCAAACCCGGGGCACUAUCUGGGUCAUCUCAUUGGACAUGAAGGACCUGGGAGCCUGCUGUCGGAGCUCAAAUCCAAAGGCUGGGUAAAUACCCUUGUUGGGGGUCAGAAAGAAGGGGCAAAGGGAUUCAUGUUUUUCAUCAUCAACGUAGACCUGACUGAGGAAGGACUUUUACAUGUUGAAGAUAUCAUUUUUCACAUGUUUCAGUACAUACAGAAGUUGCGCACUGAAGGACCUCAAGAGUGGGUUUUCCAGGAAUGCAAGGAUUUGAAUACUGUGGCAUUUAGGUUUAAAGAUAAAGAGCGCCCUCGUGGUUACACUUCAAAAGUAGCUGGGAUGUUGCACUAUUAUCCUCUUGAGGAGGUGCUUGCUGCAGAGUACCUGCUGGAAGACUUCAGGCCUGACCUCAUUGAAAUGGUGCUGGAUAAACUGAGACCAGAGAACAUGAGGGUGGCAGUAGUUUCUAAAUCAUUUGAAGGACAAACUGAUAAGACAGAAGAAUGGUACGGGACACAGUACAAGCAGGAAGCUCUUCCAGAAGAGACCAUCAAGAAAUGGCAAAAUGCUGACAUCAAUGGAAAGUUUAAGCUCCCCAUGAAGAAUGAAUUUAUCCCUACGAACUUUGAAAUUUAUCCCCUGGAAAAGGAUGCUCCUUCAUCCCCUUCUCUUAUAAAGGACACUGCUAUGAGCAAAGUGUGGUUUAAACAGGAUGACAAAUUCUUCCUGCCAAAAGCUUGCCUCAACUUUGAAUUUUUCAGCCCAUUUGCUUAUGUGGAUCCAUUGCAUUGUAACAUGGCCUAUUUGUACCUUGAGCUCCUCAAAGAUUCUCUCAACGAGUAUGCAUAUGCAGCAGAGUUAGCUGGCUUGAGCUAUGACCUUCAAAAUACCAUCUAUGGGAUGUAUCUCUCUGUUAAGGGCUAUAAUGACAAGCAGCACAUUCUGCUGAAGAAGAUCGUUGAGAAAAUGGCCACCUUCGAGAUUGACGAGAGGAGAUUUGACAUCAUUAAGGAAGCGUACAUGAGAUCCUUAAACAACUUCCGGGCUGAGCAACCACACCAGCACGCCAUGUAUUACUUGAGACUGUUAAUGACAGAGGUGGCCUGGACCAAAGAUGAACUCAAGGAGGCUCUGGAUGAUGUCACUCUUCCUCGCCUAAAGGCCUUCAUACCUCAGCUGUUGUCACGGUUACACAUUGAAGCACUUCUCCAUGGAAAUAUAACAAAACAGGCAGCUCUAGGUAUGAUGCAGAUGGUUGAAGACAAGCUUAUUGAGCAUGCCCACAUCAAGCCACUGCUCCCAAGCCAGCUGAUUCGGUACAGAGAGGUUCAAGUUCCUGACGGGGGUUGGUUUGUUUACCAGCAGAGAAACGAGGUUCAUAAUAACUGCGGGAUUGAGAUUUACUACCAGACUGACAUGCAGAACACCCAUGAGAACAUGCUGCUGGAGCUCUUCUGUCAGAUCAUCUCGGAGCCUUGCUUCAACACCCUGCGCACCAAGGAGCAGCUGGGGUACAUUGUGUUCAGCGGACCCCGGAGAGCGAAUGGUGUCCAGGGCCUGCGCUUUAUUAUCCAGUCGGAGAAGGCGCCUCACUACCUGGAGAGCAGAGUGGAGGCUUUCCUGAAGACCAUGGAGAAGAGCAUUGAUGAGAUGCUGGACGAGGCUUUCCAGAAACACAUCCAGGCUCUGGCGAUCCGCCGGCUGGACAAGCCCAAGAAACUGGGAGCGGAGUGUGCCAAGUACUGGGGGGAGAUCAUCUCACAGCAGUACAACUUCGACAGAGAUAACACUGAAGUUGCAUAUCUAAAAACACUGACCAAAGAAAACGUAAUGCAGUUCUACAGGGACAUGCUUGCAGUGGAUGCUCCCAAAAGACACAAGGUGUCAGUGCACGUCCUGUCCAGGGAAAUGGAUUCAUGCCCUGUGGUUGGUGAAUUCCCAAGUCAAAAUGAUGUCAAUCUAGCACCAGCACCAUCCCUGCCUCAGCCUAUUGUGGUUCAAAACAUGACAGAGUUCAAGAGGAGCCUACCACUCUUCCCACUGGCCAAACCCCACAUCAACUUCAUGGCUGCAAAACUGUGAGGGAAAGCAGGAGACAAGCUCACCUGGAGGGAGAGAGAAAGGGGGGGAUCCAGCUACAAGCAGUGGACUGUCUGGGCUAUAAUAAUGAAUAUAUGUGUGUGUGUGUGUGAGUGAAGAGUUGAGCACUGUUCAUUAUCAUAGCUCUCUGAGGUUUAUAGAUCAUGCAACAUUUUCUUUAUUUUAAUAAAAGUAUACAUUGUAAAGUAGGGUGCUCAACAACCUUUAAGCAUAAAGCUGAUAUACAGUUUGAGGUGUCUUGCGCGAGUGUAUUUUAAGUUUUAAACAUGUUCUGUGGAAAGCUGUUUUAGUACAAAUAACAUCGAUUUUAGUGCUGUGGCGGUAUUGUGAGGUUUAAAAAUAAGUGUCUAGGGAAAACCUGUAUACUUUUACAUUUCUGAAAUGCUGAAAAUGUUGAAUGAUGCUUUUAUUAGUCACAACGUGGGUGGAAAGCAUGGCAACUGAAGGUUUAUCAAACUCAAAGCCACUUUAUUUUGUAAAUUAAAGUCCUGCAACACACUAAUGUAGAAAAUAGGUCUUAUUGAUAGAACAUCAGCCUUAUAUGAAAUAUAUUACAGAGUUUUAUUCUUUGUACAAGUUUUGGACUUUGACAUUUUUAUUUAAACUUGUAAAAUGUUGGUACCAUUUGAGCAGCUCGUUUUUAAAUUGUGCUUCUCGGAUGAUCUGCAGAUACAUGUUCAGUACCUUUUUAGGUUUUUCCAUAUCAUUUUUUUUUCUUCUCAGCAAAUGCUUUUUACAGUUUUCUAUUGUCAGAGCACCUUCUCAGGGCUCCUUAUUUGGUUUCAAUUUGUUUUAUUCUUUAAAAAUAAUAAAAUCUCUUAAUUUAAACCAUUUUGGUUGAUGCUACUUGUUUUUAAAACUUUUUUUUUUGUUUAAGUUAAAUGAUAUGAAGUAUAACUUUUUACCAAAUGACUGAGUAGAUUCUAGCGUUACACCAAGUUAAAUAGUUAUUGUAGCAUAUUCCAUUUAAAAUGUUUUAUCCUACUUUUCAGUUUAAAUUACUACAAGUUUUACAAUUCCCUCAACUUUUAAACUAAACGGCAUCCAGCAGUGCAUUUGUUUAAUAUGUUCUUUAUUACAUUAAAUAGAAAUACAGUAUUAUGUAUUGAUUCCUAAAUGUGGAGCACUGUUUCUGGCAAUUUUCAUUACACAAUUUUUAAAUGUAUUACGGAAUUUGUCAGUCUCGUUUUAGCAAGUGUAUCAAUUAUUACAAGGGAGUCUACAAUAAGCCAAUAAAACUCAGUAGAGGUGGUUUAAUUUUUAUUACUAUGGUUUAAGAAAACCAGAGGCUGUUUGCCACUAUUGCACUAGAAACACCUGCAACACAGCUAACGGUGUAGGGCCUCUGAGCAGUCAGGACUGUGCUGUUUCAAUGUCAAAGGGUUUUUCUGUAGGUAUGUGUGACUUCAUCAAUGAUAACUUUUACUAUAGGGAGCAGACUUUAAUGCAGGGUAGUUCAGUGUAUUUUUCUUUUAGCCCAUUCCCUCAGUCUGCCAUAGAAUCAACGAAUACACCAGCACAGUGUCCAUUUCUCAGGGGUCAUGGAAAACUGCAAACCCAAAUUUAUUUAAAAAGGAAUUUUAGUUUCCCGUUGGAACUAACUUGCAUGAUCAUGUAACCUGUUUCAGGCCAGUCCUACCUAUUAUGCUGCAUUUUCUACAGCCUUUACCAGGCAAAACGACAAAGUUUAACUGCAAAAUUAAAUCCCAAAUGUUCUCAUUCCAUUGCUUCCAGAAGAACAAAAGCUUUCUGAUGACGUUCCAGCAUUUUACUAAGUUUAGCAACUUUGGCAUAGCUACCACUUUGUAGUGACUCAGGCAUAUCCAUUGAUUCUUAGGAUCAAUCCAAAGGUGCAGCAUCUCUUUAGCAAUAAGAGCCUACAGAAGCUUCUCUGGAACCUGUUAUUCACACAUACUGCUUUUGAAUAGGAAAAUGCAUUUGUGCUUGUUUUUAAAUAAGUGACAUGUUUGUUUACAUUGAUAACUGAUUUGUAUCAAGUGUUUUUUUGUUUGUUUUGAUGUGAACGGCCAGUAUGACAGAGUGCACUUUUUUGGGGUAUAAAAUAAAACAUUAUGUAACUUGA